AUGGAAGCUAACUCCGAUACAGACCCGAGACUCAACUCGAAGCAGACCUCGAGCCCGGACCCGAAACUCUACGAGGAAAUCGAAGAUGCCGAGGAGACAGAACAGGAGGAGGAGGAGGAGGUGGAAGAAGACGACGACCCCGAAGCCAUGACUCCAGAGGCCCGAAUGCGGAUGGACCAGGCCCGCAUGGACUCCCUAUUAAGGCGUCUCUCGACGGACCAGGUCGCCGUCCGGGUACAUGACAUCGUCAUCAAGGGGAACAGGAGGACCAAGGACUCCGUGAUCGAGGCGGAGGUCGAGUCGCUUUUCAGGGAAGCUGCUAGCUUCCAGAAUCUGCUACGUGCCGCCGAUGUUGCCAGCUCACGGCUGCGGAGUCUCGAGAUUUUCGAUUCGGUCAAUAUUACCCUUGACGCGGGCCCUCAGGAGUUGCCAGGAACCGCUAACAUCGUCAUCGAGGUUUCUGAGGCGUACCCAUUUUUCGGAAAACUUGGUGUUACAUCAAAGCCUGAGGCGAGAACUUGGUCACUAGAAGCAUUUGGCAGGCUGAAGAAUCUGUUCGGUUAUGGAGAUCUAUGGGAUGCUUCAUUGGGUUAUGGCUGGGGUCAAGCAUUGGAAGUCAGCACAGGAUUUUUAUUGCCCAGAUUCAAAGGAAUUCCUAAUCCAUUGUCUGCAAGAAUAUCUAUGCUUUCCCAGGACUGGAUGAAGUUUUCUUCGUAUAAAGAGCAAGUCCUUGGCCUCUCACUCGGUCUACUGGAAACUGGGAGUCACAGCUUAUCCUACAACCUCUCCUGGUGUACUUUAACAGAUCCUUCUCAAAUGUCAUCUCACACUGUAAGGAGGCAGCUUGGACAUAAUUUGCUCUCGUCCUUGAAGUAUGCGUUUAAGGUCGACCGAAGAGAUUCGUCUCUUAGGCCGACUAGAGGCCAUGCCUUUCUUUCAACUACUCAAGUUGGUGGGCUUUUUCCCAGUGCUUGGAGCCAACGCUUCAUUCGUCAGGAGUUUGAUCUUCGUUAUGCAAUCCCCUUGGGAUUUUACCGGGCUGCAUUGAACUUUGGAAUAUCAGCCGGCAUUUUAGUUCCAUGGAGCAGAGGAUCUCUGAGUAUGUCCUCAUAUUUGCCCGAGAGGUUCUUCAUGGGCGGAAAGACUGCUCCAGUGUGCUCCUUAAGUGGGCCCAUCUCUGUUUUGGGUUUCAAGGCUAGGGGACUGGGCCCCGCGGAGCCUAGGAGAUUUGUGAGAGCUGAUUCUGGUGAUGAGAGUUCUGAUUAUUUUGCGGUAGAUCAUAUUGGUGGGGAUCUUGCUAUGACUGCCUUUGCAGACCUUUCGUUUGAUCUGCCUCUGAAGGGCUUCAGGAAGGCCGGUAUACAUGGGCACGUGUUUGCUUCCACUGGUAGCCUGAACAAAUUGAGUGGGAACGCGUACAAGGAGUUGUCUCUGCAGAAAUUCCAAGAUUCUUUUCGAAGCACUGUGGGAGUUGGACUCAUUGUACCCUUCAAGAAAUUCCGGAUGGAGGUGAACUACUGCCACAUUUUGAAACAGGAGGGGCAUGAUCAAGGGAAGAGUGGCGUACAGUUUAGCUUCUCUUUCCCAUAUUCUUCUUACGCUCUGCUGUACUAA